AUGGCGAAUCUACCGCCCAAUUCGCUUCUCGCUCGCUCCCGGUCCCUACGCAACACAAGCUCCAACACCACGACUGGAAAACAAACACCAUCUCAACCCACUGCCGCCCUGACAUCUUCCACACCAGCUACAGCAACUCGCUCCUCCAAUCUGUCUCUCUUUCUGACGAACCUUCGGCUUCUCGAUCUCGACCCGUGUCCCGACUGGCCGGGCUUCGAUGCCCAAACCUUCUCCAUCCAGAAGAAACGCAUCCAGAGCAUCGAAUGGGCCCUUUACCAGCUCUUCGUGCUUUGGGACGCUGAGGAAGCACAAACCAAGCUCGCUCCCUACUUCCCGCCCCGUGACCAGGUCCAAUCCCUCAACCUCCGAGCCGCCCUCCUCAAAUGUCUCGAACAAGCCAAGAAGAAUGGCGUCCUAGGUCGCGAUGCCGUCGUCCGAAAGACCAUGCUGGACGAGUGCAAGGGCGAAAGGCUUGAGGAGGUUCUUGCCGCCUUUUCCUCUGCCGUGCUCAAGAAGCUCGCCGCUGCAGCCACCGAGGCCCAAGGCGACCAUCCUGCUGUUGCGCAGCAGCUUGCUCUCGAAGACCGGGGCUACAGCGAUGGCCGUAGCGAGCUCGUAACUCUGGCCCUGGCGCACAAGGUAUCGCUUUGCAACCUCCUGCGGCGGAAAGACGAGGCCCGGAAGCAGUACAAAGACCUAUCCGAGUUGCUCGACUUGAAAGAACGGAAUAUCGCCAGGAGACGGGAACAGAUAAGGGCCACAAAAGCAAACGCGACGGACGCGGGGAUGAAAGUCACAGACGAUAUCCGUCUGGACAUGUGGAGGAUGGUACGUAACAAUUGGGCGGGCCAUGAGCGCUGGAUGGAGGCCCUCUUGCACGGGGAUGCAAAUGCUCGAACCGACGGCGUCCUCGCCGCACCCUUUGACAGGGUUUGGAGGAGGGUCCAGGCUGAUCGCCUGUCCGAGCUGGAGACUGAGGGAAAAGGGCUGCUGGAGCAGCUCGAGCACCGCGUCAAGGUGCAGCAGGAGAGCCUGCAGAAACGUCGAGACCUGCACCGCAGGAUGUGCGGGAAAAAUGGCGAGGGUGCAGCCCCGCCAGCAACAGAGCUCACCAAAGAGAGGAAGCGUGGUAUCGACCUCGGCUUCGACGCCCACGAGAACUUGCACCUCGGCCGCAUAGGUCCGACGAAACAGCUCACCAUGCACACGCAGACGUUGACCCCGGAAUACAAAACACUGCUCGAGCAGUGUGAGAAAGAGCUGUCUGAUGUCGGACAGACCGAGGUGAAAGCCUUCAAGUUCCCCCUUGCUCCCAGGACUCGUCAGCCCACGCGGCCGGAGAUCACCUCGCGCGACGCUGAAGGGCCUGGAAAGGACGCCAUCUCCGAUGUGAGCGACAUCGAAGAGCCUCAUCUCCAGCCAUACCAAACCCAGGAGGCUGUUGCGGAAACCGGCCUUCGGCAGACUAGCCAGCGCGCAGUGAAACUUAGUGGGAUAUUUUCAAGGCAGCGUUCUUUGCGGCGGCCUGUCCUCAACAGAAACCCGUCCCCCGAAGCAAAGGAAUCAAAAGAACUACCGUCUACAUCACUCUCGCAAUAUCCACCACAAAUCUCCGGUCCUACCCACGAUCAUGCAAGCAGGACGCCUAGCCGCUCACCCGAAAGGAAACCCCGACCUUCCGUGGUCCUCGAGUCCAUCGAACUGGAGGAACCUCUGUCUCCUGAACCACCAUCCCCUACCCAGAAAUUGGCCGACGACAUUCUCGCAUCUGUCAACAAUGCCUCCCCCUCGCCCGUCAAACAGCCUAAACCACGCCACACCCUGUCACUCGCGGAGCGCACCCGUCUCUCGAUGGCCCGCCUAUCUCGCGGCGGCAAGCCAUUUGACUCCGACGGCGAAGACGAACUCAUUCCCCGGACGCCUCGCACACCCGGCGGCGCGAACGCAAAGCCAUCUCUGCCCGAUGCCACAACGGCCACGGCGAGCGCCGACUGCGCUGCCGAGGGAGGCCACGAGGACCUGGUGGCUCGGACGCGGAGGAGCAUGGCCGGGUUCGAGGCCGCCCAGCAAAAGGCACAGCUGGAACGGCGUAGGUCGCAGCGCAGGUCGAAGAUGGCGCCGCCGAGGCGGGAAGGGAGCUAUUUCCCCAAGGUGGAGGAGGAAGGGGCGGGAGAAGGAGAGGGGGACACGUCGGUGCUGGCGGUGGAGCUGAUGGAGCAAGGGGUAGAGGAUGCGGAAGCUGUGUUCCGGAGCCGGCCAAAGUUGCAGACGAGUCCGCUGCCUUCGCCCGGAGGGACAUGGAGCCACUUUGAGUAUGAUUAG